CGUUCCAUCCCGACCCGUGGUUGCAACUGAUCCGAACAAUUCCGUCGGCCGUGGCACUUCAUUCUUACCAUUUCCAUCCGUUCUCCUCCUCCAUCCGUUUCAGUAUCAGUGUUUCAAAAUCAAAAUAUUAAUUUGGAAAAUUUUCAGCCCUCACAACUUUCAUAUUUUGUUUGAAGCAAAUAAUGUGACUUUUCUCGUCCGACUUCAAAGUGAAAGUUUACAAGUGGAACGAAGACCGACCGACCUAGUUCAAAAUUGCGACGUAAAUCCAAAAUCAGGUGGCUGACAUGUGUUGCUCGAUCAGAGCUGCGGUUUUUUUCUUGGCAAGCCUUCAUGUGUAUUUCGCGAUCGCUCAGUUGGUCGGGAUUCUACCCACGGCCCUUUCUUCCCUGACGAGCCGAGCACUCGAAGCCUUGUUGGCCCUGAUAUUCGCCGUUUUCUUUUUCGCCAGCGGUUUCAUGACUUUUCGUGGUGCGGAUGAGGAAUCUCAAGUUCUCAUUGGAAUUGGUGGAAUUCUCCUCCUCGUCAUUCUCACUGAGCGGUUUGUCCUCAUGUACUUUGGACUCUUGUUGAACCCCACCCUCCCCGAGGGCGAUUUUCUGAACGCGUACGGUUUUUCCGGAACGGUUCCCGUCUUAUUUACCGUCAUCCUUUACAUUGUCUACUUAUUCAUCUUGUUCGUCUAUCAUUACGAGCUGAAGCAGCACGUGCCGGGCAGUGGGGGUGGGAUUGGUCUCCGAAUCAGUGGGGGGCUCAAUGUCCGAGCCCUUCUUGAGAAGAAUAAUGGAAGUCCGCGACAUUUUUCGGGAAUUCCGGAUGCUCCAGCCGGUUCGAAUUCGAAUAUUACAAACGCCAUACCCAAAAAUGGGGUUCAAUAUCAUCACGGUGCAAAUCCAAAUUUGAACAAUCAUCAUAAUACAAUCAUUAGUCGCCCGUGAACGCGGUGGAUUUACAAAAUAUGAAAAAUGAAAGAGAAUUUCGAUAGAAAAUUUGAAAUUAAUAAAUUUCUAACCAAUUUCCCUGGCUUAUACUGUAAACCUCACCCGUCUUUCACAACCAAAACCUGUACAUUAAAUUUCAUUGUGGAAUGAAAUUAAUUCUAUUACCUUACCCAACAAAUUUACCAGAGAACAAUAAAAUUGAACUUCCACCUCACCCGCAUCACCGACGAAAUUCACUCCUAUUCCUUCCUUCCUACGUAAUAUUCUAGUCUUCGGUCACUUUUGUAACUGAACUUAUUCCAUCGUCAUCGAGCCAAGAAGAUUAAUACAGAGAGAUUAUUAUAAUUAAGUUUAGAAUAUGUAAAUUACAUAUAUAAUUAUCUCUGCUGAUUGUGUUAUGUCAUGCCAAAAAAAUUGUAGAAUUGACUGAAACAAUAAAGAUUUAUAGAAUAAAGUAUAAAAAUCUG